CUGGACUGGAUAUCUGGUCUGUGGGCCUUCAUGUUCUGCGUGGUAUUCGGAAGCACUCGCAUCAUAUCGAAUAAGCCCUUUUCGCCGGAGAACAUUGUGCACUUAGUGCAGAAAUACAAGAUAAAUUAUAUAACCUUGGCUCCUGUUCAAUUGGCCGUCCUUGCCACUAGCCCGGCAGCCAAGCCCUACGCCCUGGCCUCCUUGCGUAAUGUGAACUACGGUGGUAGUAUUCUUUCCGACGCAACGUUAAAACGCAUAAAAGAGUUGUGCAAAAAUGCGAUUAUCACCUCGGCCUACGCAAUGACCGAAGCUGGAGUGAUUACGCUCAAUGUGGGUGUGCAGAAUGCAUCAGCCACUGGCAAGCCGAUGGCCGGCAUGACCAUACGGAUCGUGGAUGAGGACGGAAAAAACCUGGCUCACAAUGAGGUCGGCGAGAUCCUUGUGCGCACAGGAAUGCACUGGAACGGCUACUAUGGCAAUCCUGUUGCCACGAGUCAAAUACUGGAUUUUAAUGGCUGGAUCCAUACCGGAGACUUGGGCUACUUCAAUGACGACAAUUUAUUAAAUGUGAUUGACCGCAAGAAGGCAAUGCUUAAAUUCCAAGGAAUUCACUACUGGCCCACUGAAAUCGAGAACGUGAUCCGGGAGCUGCCGCAGGUGCGCGAUGUCUGUGUCGUGGGCAUAGCUGAUGAUGUGCUUGGCGAUGUGGCCGCCGCAUUGGUGAUGAAGGUACCGGGCGCCAACAUCACGGAAGAGGACAUUUCGAAUCAUGUGGCCACACGAUUUGUCGCACACAAACAUAAACAUCUACAUGCCGGUGUUCGCUUCGCUGAUAAGCUGCCCGUCAACAACAAUGGAAAGAUUAUUCGAAUUGCCGCCCGAGAGCUAUAUAAGUCACUGGGUGGGACAGCAACUAAAGGAAACUAAACAUAAAUUAAAAAUAAUCAGUCUUAAUUC